GAGGAUGUAUGAAAUCGCAUGCAAGAACCACGUUUACUUUUAGCAUGGAUUGUCUUAACAUUUCCCUAACCUUUCGUGCAAUGUUAUUAAACGCCCUAUCCAAAAAUAUUAAAGGAUCCUUGUAUAUCGUAUUUACAAUAAUACCGGUAAGUAUUCGACUCUGAAAGCAGGAAUUUAAAGUUUGCCAAAUUAGGGCACGAGAUUUGGAACCGUUGUUACUAGAAGGACUGUUAGUAGGGGUAUCACUUAUUCCACAACCCCCUUUUUUUCCCGAAACCUUUUUCAAUUGUUGAAGUAACCUAACCAGAUAAAAUUUCAAAAUUCCUAGAUUACUUUCUAAAGUACUGGGGUUUUCUAGGCGAUUGUCUAAAUGAAUUCUAUUAUUGAUUGCAUUUUGUAUCAAUGAAAUAUUUGUCCUUAAUAUCGAAAUAUGUCUCAACAUUUCCGGUUUAUGUUUUAAUAAUGAAACAGCUUUUCGGGUCAGCUUAACUAUUUCACUACUAAGAAUUGCAACGGAUGAAGAUUCCAUUGUCACUACUUACAGGAAUUGUCUAUCUAAAGAACUAUUUCUUUCUCGGAAAAAAGAUAUGUGAGUACUGAUAUCCUUGUCACAGACACCUCGCGUACGUACAAUCGACACUGUUGAUGGUGUAUUGCACUCGCACGACGUCCUAUACUAGCCGCGGGGGGAUUUGAAGAUGCAAGUAAUGUUAGUAUCGUCACCUUAUAUAUAGACCAGGUGUUCAGGGUCAAAUAUGCACAAUCAGCUGCACUAGUGUGGGAAGUAUCAGAAUCAUACGAUCUAUCGUUCUCACUCAUUAACACAAUCUUUCUUUAGUUUUUCGCAGACGUUACAACAAUUUUACAAUAUAUACUGAAAAUUUUCCCCACACUUUAUUAUUAGUUAGCAUCGAGCUCUGCAGUGUAGUAAACGUAAUGCCUUUACCUUCACGAAAAAUUCCAAAAAAGUCGGACCGCGCGCCGAAAAUAAAAAAGGUCGAGAUACUGCAAUCCUUAUUAAUAAAACCACCGACAGCGACGACCAAAACUUUAACAAAACGACCACCACCAUUGGAGACGAAAAACGCGCCGCCAACACCUAAAAUGGAUUCAGCGUCUCUGCCAGUAGUAAAUAAUGGAGGUCCAUUAUUGGACGAGGAAGUGAUAACAAUCUAUUCGGAUAAUUCUACAAUCGCAACCGGCAACUUGGGUGAUAGUUUGGAGCUAGAUCUUCUGUUGGCCCAGUUGGAAGGGGACCCCGCUGCUAGUUUUAUGUUCGAACCAGCUCGAAUAAUUCCAACACCGAUACUAUCCCAACCAAUGCGGUCGCCUACACCACCACAGCCACCGCUACCACCUGCACCGGUGUUCCCACCUCCUCAGGCAGAACGACCUGUCAUGCAAGCGGGCCAAAAACGACCUCGCUGCCAUGACAACGCCUCGCCGUCUACCAGUAGCGGAAAAAUCAAAAAAGGGGGCAAGAAUUUAGCAGACAUAAUGGAGAUGGUCGGAUCUGACCUGGAGGAAAGCUACAGGGCGGACAAACCUAAGGCGUCGCAGCAUGAGGGGAUUAUGCAACCAAAAACGCCACGGGAGCUAACACUCACCACUUACAGCAGCUGAAAAGCAUGGAACCGGUGUACCGGGCCAAGCUGUUGGGGGCGCGUGCCAAGACGCACGAAUUGCAACGUCAAUUAGAUGAUGCAAAAAAAGAAAAGAAACGUGUCGAGAAGGACCUUAGUGACAUUGAGGACUUUCUCAAGUUCCUAAAAUCUAAAAAAUAAGUUUUUUAUGUAAGUAGGUAAUAGUUAAUAUUGUUAAAGGUAGACAUAGGUUUUUUGUAUAU